AUGGUGCGCCCCAACGCCCUGGCCGUUUUGGUCCUCACUUCUCAAGUCUCAGUCUCAGUGCUACGCCGGCAAGGUGCCGAAAAAGGCGAGGACAGCCGUGAUGUAUGGGGCUCUCGCAUAUCCUUCAUCUUCGCCGCGAUGGGCGGCGCCGUCGGUCUCGGCAAUCUCCUACGGUUCCCCUCAAUUAUCUACAACAAUCACGGCCUUCAAUUCUUCAUUCCGUAUCUGAUUUCACUCUGCUGUCUGGCCAUACCCACCAUUGGUCGAGCUUACAGGGGAGGUUGCGUCCUUGCGUGGCAUCAUGCCAAAAAGCGUGCCAAGGGCGUUGGAUUCGGUGUCGUUUACAUUGGCUACGCCAUUGUCAUUUACUUAGUUCCGAUCAUCGCCUGGAUUAUGACUUAUUUCCGAUACUCAUUUCAUAAAACGCUUCCAUGUACAGGACGGAAUACCGGAUUCUUCGCGGGAGCAGUCCUCCAGAACGUGGACCCUAUCGCUGGAAACUUAACAGCGAAUGGGGGUACUGUCCAAGACUAUACGGCUUAUCCCGGCAUGGGCAUGGUUACCGAGACUACUUUGUGGAAUCUGUUCACAUGGUUUGUCGUGUGGCUAUGCAUGUUCAAGGGGAUUGGAAUCACUGGCCGAGUAGUGUACUUCAUAAUGGCAAUGCCGAUAAUCCUCAUGAUCGUUUUGGUCGGCCGUGGGUGCUCUUUACCAAACGCUACUGAGUGGCAUGGUAAGAAGCUUGCAUCGGGCACCAUCUCGCAAGAAGCUUGCGUUCAAGUCUUUUUUAGCACUGGAAUCGGCAUGGGAUACUACACGAGUAACGCUUCCUACAACCCCAAGUACUCCAAUGCCGUCCAAGACGCUCUGAUAAUCUGCAUCUCCAACUCUCUUAUCGAGGUCAUCGGCUCAUUGUCUGUCUUCGGGAUCGUUGGAUACCUCGGUAUGCACCCCGAAACCAGCAAAAGACUCAACACAUUCGUCGUUGGAUUACUCAUAUACCAGGAAGCCAUCGCCGAGAUGCCCGCCGCAAACCUUUUGGGGAACUGGGGCAAGAAGUUCUCCCGCCCUUAUGUAUCGUCUGUCAUUGUCGUUGCCUCGUUCCUCAUCUCUCUACCAUUCUGUACCGAGUUCGGAUACGUUCUAGUUGACGCGGCGGAUACUUGGAUCAGUUAUAUGGCUCUAUUCUGGAUUGUGUGGUGCGAAGCUGUGUGCGCUACCACAAUCUACCGCUUCCGCGAUGUCGUUGAUCAGUGUGGCUUCCUACCUUGGUCCUUGUGCAAUAUUCUUGGCUACAUCGGAGGCACCAUUAUCGGUCUCGCUGUCGCUCAUUUAGUAUCUCCGGAAACUGGUCCUGGUGUUGAUGUUGGUUUUGGAAUGUUCGUCAUCGGCAUGGUCUCUUCGGUGCUGGUCUCGUCCGACACUAUAGCUUACACACCUAAGUUCUUUUCAAAGAACACAUAUCUGAGACGCUUUUGGUAUCUAAGAUCCUACUCCGUACGGAACCAACUUCGCCGAGACCUAAAUGCUACGAUCUCCAUCAAUGGGCAGUGGAAGAUCCCGACCAUUUGGGGAUUCAUCCUCAAGUACAAUACGGUGCCGAUUGUGGCGAUCAUAUUCUCCUUUUCCUACCCAAACUUCUAUGCCAAGAAUCGGAUGGACCCGCUACACAUUGCUGGGUUUGCCUUCAUGCACAAAGUCCUUGUCAGUUCCCUCGUUGGGCUGAUCAUACCCCGCUGGUUCAAUAUCCUCAUUCCUGAAAACAAGAAACUCGAGGGCGACGAUCCUGUCAUGCCUGGCGUCAUCUUUUCGAGGGUCAACGCGGAGGGAACGCUCAAUAUUGAUGGGGUGGCACAAAUUGCCCAUGAUUCUACCAUCGAUGCUCAAGAAAUCUGCGAUGAGGGAAACCCUACCCGAGAAACAAGGUCGUCUGACGAAAAGAUCGAUGACAAGCAACAGUAA